UAAUAAUCAAUGGUUGAUAAGAACUUGAUCAUGUCUCAUUUACCAAAAAAGAAAAGAAAAAGAAACUUGAUGUCUCGUCCGUUGAAUUGAGAGAAGAAAACCUUAGACCACAAGCUCCUUUGCGGUGACAUAAUUCUGCCUAGUGUGGUAUGACCAUGAUGGCUUCACCGUACUCGUCCGACGAUAUCCAUUCUCCGGUGAACUCAACGGUCGUUGCAAUAGACAAAGAGAAACAUAGUUCUUACGCUGUUCGUUGGGCCGUCGACCAUCUCCUCAAUAUGAUUCACAAUCCCGUCAUGAUUCUUGUCCAUGUUCGUACCAAAAAUUCAAACCAUGGAGCCAACUUGAACAAUGAUGAUCUAAAUCAGCUUUUUAUUCCAUAUCGAGGAUAUUGUGCGCGAAAAGGGGUUGUUCUAGACGAUUCCGACGUAGCAAAAACAAUCUUGGAUUACGUUAAUAACAACCUGGUUAACAAUCUUGUAUUGGGAGCAUCCACGAAGAACACCUUCGCUAGGUCUUUUAUGUUUAGUAAACCACAUGAGGUGCAAUCUAGCAUAAUGAAAUCGACGCCUGAUUUUUGUUCGGUGUAUGUCAUUUCUAAAGGAGGGAAAGUUCAGUCUUCCCGACCAGCUCAAAGACCUAUCACCAAUACGCUUGCCCCGCCUCGUGUUCCAUCCUCUGGCUUUUUAAUCCAAUCUUUAUCCGAUAGCGAGCAAGAUCUCAUACCUAGGGUCCAGCGUAGUGCAAGGAACAAACCUAAUGAGACUACUUAUCCGCAUAAUCGUGCCGCCUUCAACACGACGCAAAAAGGUUACAAAAGCCCUAUAAAUGGGUCGAUGGAUUUCAACAACGGCUUUAAUCAAGCUGCCUUCCAAAGAAAUCCCACGUUACAAAGUUCGUUUUCUGAUGAAUCUGAUGGUGGGUUUGGAGUGAUGGGUUCAGUUGAUCUCUCUUCUCAAAAUAGUAUGGAUUUUUAUCAUGGUGCAUCGAGUUCUUCAGAAGAGUCAAUUCCACAAUCAACUAAAGAUAUUGAAGCUGAGAUGAGAAGGCUAAAGCUUGAACUUAAGCAAACUAUGGACAUGUAUAGCUCAGCUUGUAAAGAAGCACUUACGGCAAAAAGAAAGGCAAACGAGCUAAAUCAAUGGAAGAUAGAAGAAGCUCGUAAAUUCGAGAAAGCGAGGCUUUCUGAAGAAGCAGCAUUGGCAGUUGCUGAAAUCGAGAAAGCAAAGUGUAGAACAGCCGUAGAAGCAGCUGAGAAAGCUCAAAGAAUGGCUGAACUAGAAGGACAAAGAAGGAAGCAAGCAGAGAUGAAAGCUGUAAGUGAAGAAAAGGACAAAGACCGCGCAGUGAGUGCUUUGGCACAUAACGAUGUUCGCUACAGAAAAUAUAGUAUAGAAGAGAUCGAAGAAGCUACAGAGAGGUUUGCAAAUCAUAGGAAGAUUGGUGAAGGAGGAUAUGGACCUGUGUACAAUGGUGAACUUGACCACACUCCUGUUGCCAUUAAAGUUUUAAGACCUGAUGCUGCUCAAGGAAAAAAACAAUUUCAACAAGAAGUUGAGGUUCUAUGUUCCAUAAGGCAUCCUCACAUGGUUCUUCUCCUUGGUGCAUGUCCUGAAUAUGGAUGUUUGGUUUACGAGUUCAUGGAAAAUGGGAGCUUAGAGGAUAGACUUUUUCGUACUGGAAACUCUCCACCGCUUUCGUGGAGGAAACGUUUUGAAAUAGCGGCGGAGAUUGCUACCGCACUCUCAUUCCUUCAUCAAGCUAAGCCAGAACCUUUAGUUCACCGCGACCUAAAACCAGCCAAUAUACUCUUAGACAAAAACUACGUGAGCAAGAUCAGCGACGUUGGUUUAGCGCGGUUAGUCCCCGCAUCGAUAGCUGAUAGCGUCACGCAAUUCCACAUGACAUCUGCGGCAGGAACGUUUUGUUACAUAGACCCUGAAUACCAACAAACAGGAAUGUUAACCACAAAAUCAGACGUAUACUCAUUGGGGAUAUUGCUACUUCAGAUUAUAACCGGAAGGCCUCCCAUGGGGCUGGCUCACCAAGUUUCAAGGGCAAUUAGUAAAGGAACUUUCAAGGAAAUGCUUGACCCCGUUGUGCCUGAUUGGCCUGUACAAGAGGCUCAAUCUUUUGCUACUCUAGCGUUGAAAUGUGCGGAGCUAAGAAAAAGAGAUAGACCAGAUCUUGGGAAGGAAGUAGUCCCACAUCUUAUUAGAUUAAAAAACUUUGGGAAUGAUGGUGAUGAGAGAACUAACGAAUGGAUAUGA